GGAAGCGUCGGUCACGCGCUCGUCAGUGAGUUCUCAAAAGUCAGUAGCUUUACAGGAGAUGGAGCAGGAGAUGGAGCUGCGUUCCCCACCCAGUCCCACAGCCUACAACUGCUUCUCCAAGAAGGAUAGAAUCCAGGAGAGGCAGAGAGAAGAGGAGCAGCAGGUUCCAAAAGAGAAUGACAUCAGACGUUUGGAGGAAAUGGUGAAGCAGCAAGAGAUGGAAAUCGCAAGAUUCCAUAAAAGACAAGAAAGGCUGCAACAAAAGCUGGAAAAAAUCAAAGAACAAUUAGCCAGGAAAGAGCAGAAGACUCUGGAAAUUGUUCAGAGAGCUAAACGUCUGAAGAGAGAGAGGCUGGCCCUAAAGGAGCUCAAAAGAGAACAGCAGCAAGAGAAGGAAGAAGAGAGAAAGAGGGCUAGAGAGAAAUACAUGGAGAGAAAAGAACAGCGUAGGGCCGAGCGAAGGAAGAAAUUUCCUCAGAAAGAGACGUCAUUCGGGCCUGAAAAGAGAGUUCAGCCUCCAGCUUCCACUGAGUCCAAAGCAGAAGACCUGACUUCAGAGACUCUGAGUCAGGUCCAGACUGAUGGACCCACGAGUGGAGAGACUGCAGAGGAGAAACCGGAGUGGGCUGGCCAUGAUGGUGGGGAAGCAGUAGUCAUCGAGGUGGAAAGCCAGCAGGUGGAGCCUGCAGCACCAAGCUCAUCCGGAAGAAGGAUGUUGCAGAGAGUGCUGUCCACAGUCCGAUCCUUGGUUGAGCGCCUCAGAUCCCGUUCCUCAGCUCGGUACAUUCAAGCUGAGGUAGAAGACGAGCAUGAGGACGUUUCUCAACCAUGUCAGCCGAUUCCACUCGGAGCGCCGGCAGGGGUCCUAACUGUCAACCUGAAGACCUGCAGAGACUUCAGUAAAUCUGCUCCUUUGAAGAAAGGCAGUCGGGCUGCUGUGAGGAUCACUAUUGGGAGAACGGUGAAGUACACCAUGCAGCAGCCCUACAGUGACCCCAUGUGCUUCGAUGAAUGGAAACACUUUUCGCUACAGAUCCAGAAGGAAGACAUCUGCGGUGUCCAGCAGUCGAGUUUGGUGGUGGUGGAACUGAUUAUGGUGGAUCCUGAUUUAACCACCCCCCUACUCAUUGGCAGAGACACCAUCAUGCUGCAGGAAAUUCUUAAGAAAUCUUCAUUGAGUCAUCAAUUUAAUUUGAGGCUCAUGCAGAAGAAAGUCUGCAAGCUGGACGCAGAUCUGGCCUUCUCAUACGGCUCAAUGGGAUUUGGAUAUUCUCAUCAGCUCAAACAUGGAGGAAGGACCAUUGAGAGUCUGGUAGAGAAAUCUCUCUUUCCCCGCUGCCUUCCUAAUGAAGCCCGAGAUCCAUUAUGUAAUGUGAUCACCCCCUCCGCACGGCCCCGACUGGACUUCAUUCCGUCUGUGAUGCUGCAAGACACACAGACAGGCACCGAGUGCAGGAUAUCUGCUGGCCUGAAGGACUGCAUCCAGAAGCGGGGCAGGCUGUUGCAUCUUCAUCAAGCUCUAGAUGAGUGCAAGACAGGAGAGGAUAGGGUGCAGUUUUUGGAGAAGCUGAUUCUCAAAAAGAGUUUUAGCUCCAGCUGUCCCUCCUGAAACACCACCUGUCAGGACCUGUCUAAAGCGGAGAGGAGGAGGAGGAGGACGCGGACGCGGAGGAGGACGCGGACAACAGAACAGAGGGAAGAACAAGAGGAACAACGGCGACAUGCAAGAAGAGGAAGUAGAGAGCACCUGCAUUAAUAACAGAGUGCUACAUUUCUCCAAAUAAAAGCAAUGUUUUGCUCAGUUUUA